AAUGCGUUUACCGAGCAGAACGAGUUCUGUGUGGAUAUAUCUCUUGGUCGUGCUGCUGGAUUCUUACUGGGAAGCGGUGCUGGGGCAGCUUUCCUACUCCGUAUCAGAAGAGGUGAAUCUGGAGACUUUUGUCGGAAAUGUUGCUAAAGAUCUGAACAUCAAUGUCCAGGACCUGGAGUCCCGUAUGUUUCAGAUCGUUUCAGGGUCAAAGAGGAAGUAUUUCGAGGUAAAUCUAAAAACUGGUGUCCUCUAUGUUAACGAGAGAAUAGACCGAGAGGAGCUCUGCGGUGAGGAACCGAAGUGCUCACUUACGAUAGAAGCCGUGAUUAAUAACCCACUAAAACUUUACCGCAUCGAAAUUACAAUCUUAGAUGUAAAUGACAAUUCCCCCUUAUUUCUGAGUACGUCCCAGAUAAUCAAUAUCACAGAAAACACACCCGCAGGUGCAAAAUUCCCCCUGCAUUCAGCAAAUGAUGCAGACGUCGGUAAAAAUACGAUCAGCACUUAUAGGAUUAGUCAAAAUGAGUAUUUCACUCUCUUAACUCACAAAGGAGAGACGGUAACUCCUGAAUUACAGCUUCAGAAAGUUCUGGACAGAGAGAAACAGUCUGUAAUCAGACUUAUACUGACUGCCAUUGAUGGAGGAACACCUGCUAAAUCUGGAAGUAUGAUUAUUAUAGUCAAUGUAUUGGAUAUAAACGACAAUGCCCCAGUUUUUAGUCAAACUUUGUAUAAGGCCAGUGUUUAUGAAAAUGUUAAAAUAGGCACUUCUAUAAUAACACUGAAUGCUACUGAUUUAGACGUUGGCCCAAAUGGGCAAGUAUUAUAUUCAUUCAGUGAAGUAGGCCGAGGGAAACAAACAGAUAUAUUUUCGAUAGAUGAAAAGACUGGGACUGUCACAAAUAAAAAAAAUAUAGACUUCGAGGAGAAAAAUGCUUUUGAGAUUCGAGUACAAGCCAGUGAUGGAGCCAUUUUCCCGAUGACUUCACAUACCAAAUUACUGAUUGAGGUUUUGGAUGUCAACGACAAUGCACCUGAAAUUUCAGUCACAUCACUGCUGAACACUGUAAAAGAAGAUGCGUCCAUUGGCACCGCCAUUGCCCUUGUUUCAGUGUUCGAUAAAGACGGAGGUAAAAAUGGUAUGGUUCAUAGUAAAAUUGUGAAUGAUGUUCCUUUCAAAUUAGAGGUAAAUUAUAAAAAUUACUAUUCGUUGGUUGUAGACGGUCCUCUUGAUAGAGAGUUUACACCACAAUACAACAUCAGUGUCACUGCUACUGAUGAAGGGAGUCCAGCUCUGUCCAGCACAAGUGUUAUUACUGUGCACAUCUCAGAUGUAAAUGAUAACAAACCUCUAUUCACAGACGGCAUCAUUAAUGUUUAUGUUAAAGAGAACAGUCCAGUAGGAGCAGUAAUGAAAACAGUAUCAGCAGUUGAUGCAGACAUCGAUCAAAACGGUCAGUUGACCUAUUCAUUUUUGCAUAUCCCCAGUGACUCAGUUCAUCUGUCAGCGAUGUUAAACAUUAACUCAGAGACAGGAGAUAUAGUCAGUUUACAGUCUUUUAACUAUGAGGAGUUAAAAACGUUUCAGUUCAAGGUUCAGGCCACAGACUCUGGUGUUCCUCCGCUCAGUAGUAACGUUACUGUCAAUGUGUUUAUCCUGGAUGAGAAUGACAACAGUCCCACAAUCCUGGCUCCUUAUUCUGAACACGGUUCCGUUAACAGUGAGAACAUUCCCUAUUCUGCUGAAGCGGGAUACUUUGUGGCAAAGAUCAGAGCCGUAGACGCAGACUCUGGAUACAAUGCACUGCUUUCUUAUCACCUCUCGGAACCCAAAGGAAACAGCCUGUUCCGGAUCGGAACCAGCACCGGCGAAAUCAGGACUAAGAGGAGGAUGAGUGACAAUGAUCUGAAAACUCACCCUUUGGUGGUGUUGGUUUCUGAUAACGGAGAACCCUCCCUGUCAGCUACUGUGUCUAUUGAUGUAGUGGUGGUUGAAAACACAGCUGACAUCCAGACUCAGUUCAGACAUGUACCCAUAAAGGAGGAGAGCUUCUCUGAUUUAAACCUGUAUCUGCUGAUCGCCAUUGUGUCAGUGUCCGUGAUCUUUCUGCUGAGCCUCAUCACUUUGAUAGCGGUCAAAUGUCACAGGACAGACGGCAGUUUCAGCAGGUACAGCGCCCCCAUGAUCACCACCCACCCUGACGGGAGCUGGUCUUACUCGAAAUCUACUCAGCAGUAUGACGUGUGUUUCAGCUCAGACACACUGAAGAGUGACGUAGUGGUUUUCCCCGCCCCGUUUCCACCUGUAGAUGCUGAACUGAUCAGUAUCAACGGAGGAGACACUUUUACAAGAACUCAGACUUUACCCACUAAAGAAAAGGUAAGAAAUCUCCAACAUUUUCACUCCAUUAUAUUCUCUUGGUAA